AAGGCGUCUUGGUCUUGUGUUGUCUGCGCGUUCCUUCAUCUUCUCUUCCCAGUUCCGUCCCACAUUAUUCUAAUAUUAAUCGACUUUCUCAAUCAUAUACAUAUCCCCGUGGCCGUGUGUAUAUAUAUAUACGCAUGUCUGCAAACCCUCCAUCAUCAUAGUUCAUAUACUAGCUAGUUUAUGAGAGGUUUAAUAGCAAGGCACCUUCACCUGUUGCCGUUCAAUCGGAGGAUCACCACUAACACCACCACCAUCACCAUGUCGGCAUCAUCAUCUGCUUUCAGCACACCCAGAUUGGUCCUCAAGAAGGUUCUGGCCAAGUCUCAACGCGAAGGCGAUGGGGCUGUUGUCAGAAGAGGCAUUGGAAGAAGCGAGUUGAAGAACUUGGAUCCAUUUUUGAUGUUGGAUCACUUCUCAGUAUCCCCCCCUGGAGGAUUCCCUGAUCAUCCCCACAGAGGUUUUGAGACCGUUACCUACGUCCUAGAGGGGGGCAUAACUCACCAAGAUUUUGCAGGGCACCAGGGCACAAUCAGAGCUGGCGAUGUUCAGUGGAUGACUGCAGGCAGGGGAAUCAUUCACUCUGAGAUGCCUGCCCAACCAACCAACAACAACGGCUUGCAGCUAUGGAUCAACUUAUCCGCCAACAACAAGAUGAUUGAACCCAACUACCAAGAACUUCUGAGCGAGAACAUACCAACGGCAGAGCAGGAAGGGGUGGAGGUGAGAGUGAUAGCAGGAGAAGCAAUGGGGGUGCAUUCCCCGGUCUAUACUCGAACUCCAACCAUGUUCCUUGACUUCAAGCUACGUCCCGGAGCUGAGUUGCAUCAGAGCAUUCCGGAGACAUGGAACUCCUUUGUAUACGUCAUUGAAGGUGAAGGAGUGUUCGGGUCUCCAACUUCAUCGCCAACUGGCCCAUACCAUGUGCUGGUUCUGAGCCAAGGGGAUGGCCUCAGCGUCUGGAACAACAACAACAACUUCUCUUCAAAGCCUCUCAGGUUUGUGCUCAUUGGAGGCCAGCCACUGAACGAGCCCGUGGCUCAGUAUGGCCCUUUUGUCAUGAACACACAGUCUGAGAUCGAAAAGACCAUUGAGGACUAUCAGUAUUGCAGGAAUGGCUUUGAGAUGAGGAGGUAUUGGACCUCUCUCUAGUUAGUGACCCACCCUACCACUUGAUGUCUCAUAUCUGAUCGAUCCAUCCAUGUAUCUCACGCUAGUGAAAUGCACAAAUUAAAAAAUAUCUGCACAAGUCAUUUUCCUUUUCAAUGCGCUGAAAAGAAAGUUUGCUUAUUCUGUCAUUUUCAUUUCUCUGUAGCCAGAGCUUCUAGAAGAUCCAUAUUGCUGCUCACCAUGGGGCAAUUGUAGGCUAUCACUAAAGUCAUCACUCAUAUCUCAUCAUGGAUAUAUCACCCCAUAUUCACUAUCUCCCCUUAUAAGUAAUCAAUAAAAACUUCUUUUGUUA